AUGGAGUUCACAGAGGAUGACAUACGAGAGCUGAAGUACAGAUUCGAAGAUGCCACGAUCAAGUGCUCAGAACGGUGCUUAUAUCAAUCAGCAAAAUGGGCAGCGGAAAUGCUCGAUUCGAUCGUACAACUUGAUCACGCAGAUACUGAUGCUGAGUCUACAAUGGAUAUCAUUGAACCGGUCACACCACCGAUCAACCCAUACCUGCGCACGUCAGACCCGAUAGAAGCCGCCUUGGAAGCCCAGGAAGCCCACAAAUACCUACUUGCCAAAUCCUAUUUUGACACCCGAGAGUACGAUCGCUGUGCCGCCGUGUUUCUCCCUCCAACAACACCUCCCGUUCCUCUAUCCCUGACCUCGCCCAAUGCUAAACCCAAACAAGUGCGAAGCACCCCUCUCAAGGGCAAAGACAAAGCCUCGCCCUUCCAAGGCUCCAAAGGCCACAGCCAAGUUCCGCAAAACCCAUACCCUAAACUCAGCCAAAAAUCCCUCUUCCUUGCAUUGUAUGCAAAGUACUUAGCUGGAGAGAAGCGGAAAGAUGAAGAAACGGAGAUGGUAUUGGGGCCAGCAGAUGUCGGGACGGCGGUCAACCGCGAAUUGCCAGACCUCGCUCGAGGACUGGAAGGCUGGCUGGCAGAGCGGAGCGCAAAUGGCUUAAAUGAACUUGGACAAGGUUGGCUCGAAUAUCUCUAUGGAGUCAUUCUGCUGAAGGGACGGAAUGAGGAGGCAGCGAAGACUUGGCUCAUUCGCAGUGUGCAUCAAAACCCGUUCCAUUGGGGUGCAUGGCAGGAGCUCAAUGACUUGCUGGGCAGCAUUGAAGAUUUGAAACAAAUCAAAGACCUUCUGCCGGAGCACCUCAUGACCCUCAUAUUCUAUGUUUACUGCAGCCAAGAGCUUUACCAGGCUACAGAUGACACAUACGCAACGUUGGAUGAACUGCAAACCAUGUUCCCUACCAGCGCCUUUCUACAGACUCAGCAUGCCCUACUCUUUUACCAUAAUAAAGACUUUGAGCGAGCGUCAAAUAUCUUCAACGAAAUCUUGGCUACAUCACCACAUCGCCUAGACAGCCUGGACCAUUAUUCCAAUAUCUUGUAUGUUAUGAACGAGCGGCCUCGGCUUGCCUUUGUGGCUCAAAUUGCAACUGCCACCGACAAAUUUCGACCCGAAACAUGCUGCGUCGUGGGCAACUACUACUCCUUGAAAUCCGAGCAUGAGAAGGCUGUCAUGUAUUUCCGACGUGCUCUGACACUCGACCGCAAUUUCCUGUCCGCCUGGACUCUCAUGGGUCAUGAAUACAUCGAAAUGAAAAACACUCACACCGCCAUCGAGUCGUAUCGACGAGCGGUUGAUGUCAAUCGCAAAGACUAUCGCGCAUGGUAUGGUCUUGGCCAGGCCUACGAAGUUCUGGAUAUGUCCUUCUACGCUCUCUUUUACUAUCAACGUGCGGCGGCUCUUCGCCCGUAUGACCCGAAGAUGUGGCAGGCUGUGGGAUCAUGCUAUGCGAAAAUGGGCCGUGUCGAGCAGAGUAUUCAAGCCUUGAAACGUGCCCUGGUGGCUGGCUCUUACUACGCAGACGACAAUCCAGGCGCCGGUGCUCGGAAAGUCCUGGACCCCGAAACACUGCACCAAAUUGCAACCCUGUAUGAGCGUCUCGGCGAAGAAGACGAAGCAGCAGCAUACAUGGAGCUUACCCUGCAGCAAGAAACUGGUGGGGCACCCGUCGGUGAAGCAAACGAGUCUGACGAGGAAGAGUACUCGUCUUCCUCGGAGCAUGCCGCACAUAGCGAUGGCGAGGGCGAAUAUUCUGGGGAUGAUGAUGAAGGACGACAAGCCCGUUCUCGCCGUCGUCGCCGCAAGCCUCGUCCCAGAACCUCGUCAAUCAGCAUGCAGCAGGAUGACUCUACAGCCGGAGAGAUGUGGCACCAUCCCACAGCCACGACGUCCAAGGCACGGCUCUGGCUUGCGCAGCAUGCAUUGCGUAAUGGGGAUCUUGAUCGGGCAGAUCAAUUAGCAGGUGAGCUUUGUCAAGACGGGAUGGAAGUAGAAGAGGCAAAGGCUUUGAUGAGAGAUGUUCGUGCGCGACGAGAGGACGUUGGUUAG